AUGCAUUUCACCACCAUCCUCGCUGUGUCAGCUUCUCUCCUCACCUUGGGCUACGCUGCCGAUCCCCUCUCCUUCACCAGCUGGCCGGCAGAUAUCGCCGCUGGCAAGCCCGUCACUCUCACAUGGACCGGUGCCAACACUAACGGGCCUGUCACUCUUACUCUCCGAAAGGGUACUUCCGGAAACCUGCAGGACGUGGAGACCAUUACCGACCAGGCCAAGGACGGCACUUUCACCUGGACCCCUGGUGCCAACAUCAAGGAGGGCGAGACCUAUGCCUUCCAGGUCACCCAAGAUGGCGAGCGCAACUACUCUGCUUUGCUGACGGCCGCCGCCCCUGCCAACCCUCAACCUACGGAGACCACUCACACCGGUACUUCCGCAAGCACCACUGCCGCCCCUAUGACCGGAACAAUGACCGGGACAAUGAGCAUGCCCACCGGUGAGAUGACUGGCGCCAGCAGCAGGGCUCUGAUCAGCUCUGCGCCCUCCGGAACUCCAUCUGGCACCCCUACCUCAAGCUCUGCCACCAGCUCCAUGUCGGCUGAGGCUCCCUUUGGUACCGAAGAUGUUAUGGAUGGAAAGGCGGCAUCCGAGACCGGAAGUGUUCAGAGCUCUGCGUCCGUUUCGCGAUACUCUGUUGGGCUAGCAGCUGGUGCCAUGGCGGUGCUUUUCUACAUUGGGUUUUAA